UUUUUUUUUUUCCCCCCUCCACCACCUGGGUGCUUCUUUCUCUGCUCUAAAACAACACAGAGGGAUUCCUGCGUUUUUCCUCAGACACCCGAACUUCUGCGGACAUGGACUUUGGAACGGAUCUGUGGGACCAGUAUGACGUCAUCGACAAGCAGACGCAGUCAGGCCUUGAUCUGGUGGAGCGAUACAUAAAGUUUGUGAAGGAACGGACAGAGAUAGAGCAGAGCUACGCCAAGCAACUCAGGAGUCUAACCAAGAAAUACGCCAAACGAGGGAGCAAGGAAGAGCAAGACUGCAAAUUCAGCAAUCACGCAUCGUUUCAGGAGAUCCUGAACGAGCUGAACGAUUACGCCGGGCAACGGGAGCUCAUCGCUGAAAACAUGAUGACCGGCAUCUGUGUCGAGCUCACCAAGUACCUUCAGGAACUCAAACAUGAACGGAAAACACACCUGUCUGAUGCAAAGAAGGCCCAGCAGACUUUAGAGAGCAGCUUUAAACACCUAGAAAGUACUAAGAAGCGCUUCGCCAAGGAAUGGGCGGAGGCUGAUAAAGCCACACAACAAGCAGAGAAAACAGAGAGUGACCUAUAUGCCACCAGGCUCGAUGUCGAGAAAGCCAAGCAGCACGCCCAUGCCCGCACACACACGGCGGAGGAGUGCAGGAACGACUACGCAGCACAGCUCCAGAAAUACAACAAGGAACAAAACUUAUUCUACUACUCGGAGAUACCGCAGAUCUUCAAUAAACUGCAGGAAAUGGAUGAGCGGAGGAUCCGGCGGCUGGCGGAGGGCUACUGCCAGUUUUCAGACAUCGAAAAGAAGGUACUGCCUAUCAUCUCAAAGUGUCUAGAGGGAAUCUCUGCAGCAGGAGCGAAAAUUGAUGAGAAAGAGGACUCGAUACUGUUCAUAGAGCAGCACAAGUCUGGGUUUGAGCGACCUGGAGAUUUGGAGUUUGAGGACUACAGCCAGGGAAUUAAACCAGCGACCUCUGACUCAAGCCUCAAUCCGCCCAAAGUGCGCGCCAAGCUAUGGCCUUUCAACAAGAAGCACAAGCCGCCGGCUGCGGAGGACUUCUCUCACCUUCCUCCGGAGCAGAGGAAGAAGAGGCUGCAGGCGAAGAUUGAUGACAUCGCCAAAGAGCUGCAGAAGGCGCAGGACCAAAGUGAAGCGCUGGAGAAGAUGAAGGGCGUGUACGAGCAGAAUCCACAGAUGGGAGACCCCUCCAGUCUGGAGCCUCAGAUCACAGAGACCGCCCAGAACAUAGGGCGCCUGAGGGGGGAGCUCGCCAAAUAUGAGUCGUGGCUGUCAGAGGCAGUGGGUGGAGAAGAAUCUUCCAACACCAUCAACAAUAGUACUCAACAUGGUGUUGUAGCAGCUGAACAGCCCCAUAACAUCUACACAGAGUGUGACGAUGAGUUUGACGACAUGGAAUCUCCUAUUGGCCAGUGCACGGCUCUGUACACCUUCGAAGGCAACAGUGAGGGCACCAUUUCCAUUAUAGAGGGAGAGCUGUUGAGUAUAAUGGAGGAGGACAAAGGAGACGGCUGGAUGAGAGUCCUUAAAGCCAGUGGAGAGGAGGGCUACAUACCUUCAUCCUAUGUCAAACUUUCCCUGUAACACACAAACACACACACACACACACUCAGCCAAACACACACACACACACACACACAUAAAAACUAAGAGCUCGUGAUGGGAAUUAGGAGCCAAAGGUGAAUACAAAGUCAUCCACGAUAAUUGGAGCUGCUCUCUACAUCUUUUAUCUCUGCCAGUGACGUGUAUGGUGAGAUGAAAGUGAGUGAUUAUAAAGCUUGUUAUCAAGGCUGAUUGCCAUAUUAUACACACCCUGUCUCUGCUCGCUGUGGCAGAGACAGGAAGGCUGUCUCUAAACACAGACUGUCAGUCCUGUCUGAUCUUUCUAGAUUUCAGCUCUUUUAAAACCAAACUUUUGAAUGUAUACCUGAACUUUUUGUCACAGUGGCAGGUGAAGACUUGUGUAACAUAUUCGGCAUCAAAGUAGCCUGACACUUCAUUUCUUUGUGUCAGUAUAUCCACCCACUUGAUUUUCUCGCUGCCAUUUCUAAUAACCUGCUGAACCUUUCCUUUUUGUAACUCCAGCCUUCUACUAAAACCUCUUUCCUGACAGGAUAAUGUGAGUUUUGUUUUUUUUUUUUUUUUAAAUCAUAGUGAUGUGAUGUUUAAUGACUUAUAACUGGAUAAAAACCACUACUCUAUAGAGAGUCCACAAAAUAUAAUAUCUCUCAAUGGACUGUCAGUAGAGGAUAGGAUAGGAUUUUUCUUUUUGUUUUUUUCAACGUCUGUCUUAUAACAAUAGUCAGGUGGCCAUAUGAAAACUGAAGCGGUGUUUGCCGGCCCAGAAGACAUCCCUUCCUUAUGCACUCCCAAUGUAAGUGAUGCAGGACAAAAUCUACAAUCCUGGCUUUGUGCAAAAAUGAAUUCCAAGGUGUUUCUGAAGCUAAUGCGAAGCUUCGGCAGUCCGAGUUUGACUAAUCAAGUGGGGAUCUUCUAAAGCUUCAGUGCUUUUUAGUACAAAAUUCGCUUUUUGCGUUACUAUCCCUCCACUGUAGCUCAGCAGGAAAAAACUGGGGAACCAUUAACGGGAAAUUUCGUACUAAAAAGACUAACUUGGGAAGAUACCCACUUGAUAUGACAAAGUCAGACUUCUGAACUGCUAUAUUAACUUCAAAUAAACACUGGAAUACAUUUUUUACACAGAAUGAAGAAUGUAGAUCUUUUCCCCCCAUCUCUUACAUUGGAAGUGCAUUAGGAAGCUAUUUCUUAAAGGCCACUAUGAACCGGAGGAAUCAUUAGAUAGCAAAAACUGUUCCAUGUACAUAUGGGCAAGCAAGUAAUGUUACAAGACAGACUUGAAAAAAUGUGAACCUGAAUCCUUUAACUCCAUAUGAUACAUUACAGUUUCUCUACUACAGCAAAGAUUUGCAUGAAAACUUGCUUUCCAGUGUUUUUGUGAAAUUUAAAAGCACAAUUGUUAAAAAUGAUCAAAGUUCAGUAAAAAUACAGAAUUUAUCAUUUUCUAAAUCCUGUGAACUGGCUGUAUUUGAGGUUGCGGCCUCUGUGCAGCUUCAGAGAUCAUCAUAUAGCACUGACAUUGUGAAAUCUGAUAAUAGGUGGCACUCAAAAGUAGAUAGUAGGCAAUCAUUUAGUCACGUUCCAAUGUUGCACAAAAGUGGCUGGACUCUUGUGUUGGAGCAGUCUCAGUUCUGGGAAACAAGUGGUGCUUUGGCUAUUUUUAUUUCUCAUGUUCUGGUUUUACAUGGUGUAAACCACCUAUUUUCAUAGUGUGAGCCUCUAGACCUCUGAAUCUUGCUCUUGUUGUCUUUCUGCAAAAAAAAAAACAAAAAACAAAAAACAAAAAAACUUAUUCCAUUAUUCCAACUUGAAAUGCAGACGACCUGUUCAACCAAAUUUCAGAAGAAUCAAUGACACCAGGAUAGAUUUCAGAGGGAUGAAAUGGGGGUUUUGAGAUUUAGCUCCUCGCCGGAUCGCUGCCAAGAACGAUGAAUGGUGAAAAAUAACAUUUUUUAAGCACUUUUAAAAUCUGGUUGGAUUAUUUAAAUUAUAAUUUGUCUGAUAUGGUUUUCCCACAUAAGUCAAUUAACUAGUAAAAAAGGUUUAACUGCUGGACACUAGAUGUCUCCUACUUUGCUGAAAAGUGAGGUUUCAGCGUACAUGCACCAGAGUUUUUCAAGUUUAGAGAGGUAUGAGAUCAAAUUUGGUGUCAGCACAUACCCAAUUCUGCACAAUGACGGUCAAACAUCCGAGAGAAGUAACAAGAAGCGCAACAUGAUUUUGGAGUGGAGACAUAAGGUUUGCUCAUCUCUUUCUGUACCAUUCUGUCCUGCACUAGUAAAUGUUUUCUCAACAUUUAAGGGGUAUUAUUGUAUGUUCCAUUUUUAAAAAAGAAAAUGUAUGAAUUUACAUGUAUCAUUUGAGUCAU